AUGCCGCCUUCCCUCAUCAACCUUCUGCAAGGCCGCCUCGUGAGACAGAUCGUCGUGAUAUGGAACAACCUCGACGAGCCCACCCCUGCACCCUUCACCUCCGAUCACGGCGUGAGCGUGCGGUACCGCAAGCCCGAGCGCGACAGCCUGAACGAGAAGCUCCGCGUAGACGGGGACUACCGCACCCAGGCCGUGCUCCUCUCCGACGACGACAUCUACUACCGGCCCGCCGACCUCGAGUUCGCCUUCCAAUCCUGGCGGCAGUUUGGCCGCCACCGCGUGACGGGCGCGCUGGCCCGCUGCGCCGACCUCGACGCCGACGGCGGCGGCUGGACGUACGCCCCUUGCCGCGGCGACGCCCCCUACUCCAUGGUCCUGACCAACCUGGCCUUCGUCCACAUCUCCUUCCUGGACUUCUACUUCACCGACGACGUCCCCUGGCUCGGGGCCGUGCGCGACGCCGUCGACUCCCGCUUCAACGGCGAGGACAUCGCCGUCAACUACGUCGUCUCGCUGCUCACCGGGAAUGCGCCCCUGCUCGUCAGGGGGUCGGAGCAGUACGUCAACCUCGACCCGGCCGGCGGCAUAAGCAGGAAGCCCGGCCACUUCGAGGCCAGGUCCUCGUGCCUGAACGAGUACGCCGAUGCCAUGCGGUGCAUGCCGCUCGUCGAGCAGGAGGCGCGCGUCGAGCGAGGCGUCCGGUACAAUGUCUGGUACAAGGCCCUAUGGGAUAGGUAUACCUUGUUCUGA